CCUGUUCCGCUGACCCUCCAGCCCCCCAGCAGCAUGAGCAGCCCUGAGCUACCUACUGAGGCCCCCGGUCCCGAUGUUCCCCGCUGGGCCGCUCAGCCCACCUACAGCAACCUUGGUGAGAUCCGGGCGCACCUGCUGCCUGCCAAGGCCUGCCGCUCGCGGGCAUCUGGGUCCCUCUCCACCGACCAGGAGUCCUCACCCCCACCCCUACCCAAGAAGACCCUAGCCAGGACCAGGUCCCUGCCCCCCCGGGUGGCCGGCACUCCCAGUCCCAAUCCAGGUCAGCCUCGCAGGCGCUUCCUGGGGUCCCUCAGUGUCAACGAGAGCUGGGCAGGUGCCCAUAAGGCUGGGCUGGCGUGUUCCCCUGCAAACCUGCCCUUCGAGUGGCCCGAUGCCCACCUGGAUCUCUCUCUCCGUGACCUGUCCCGCCUGGAGGCUGUGGACGCAGCGCUGGAGGCCCGGCAGCUGAAAGGCCUCCACACCAUGCACGCCCGGCUCAAGGCCCGGCUUCUGGGGGGCCACCCUGGGCCCUGCCACCCAGGCCACAGCUUCCGCCUCCUGGACAGGUCACCCUGCGUGGAGAGUGGGGACACCCUCUACUACCGUAUGGUGCGAGUGGAUGAGGAGGCGUGGCAUGUCUUGGCUGCCAAGGUGCCCAAACCUGGAACCAAAGAGCCACACCCGUGGGGCCUGGAGCUACAGGCUUCACUGCCCCCGCAUUUCAACCUUCAGGGGCUGUGUGGCCUGGUGCCCGAGGGCGCACUACCUGACACCCCCUGGAGAGGCCCCGUGAUGCUCACGGCAGAAGUUCCUGAGCGCACUGUGGCCCAGUGGCUGGCGGAGGUGCACGCCCAGCGGCCCUCAGAGUUGGCAUGGGCCAUCGCCCUGAUGCUGCUGCAGCUGAGCGCCGCCCUGGAGCACCUGGAGGAUCGAGGCGCGGUCCUGACCGAACUUCGGCCCGAGAACCUACUGCUAGCAGUGCCUCGGGGCUGCCCGACUCAUGGACCCCCGCGCCUGCUGCUCGCAGACUCUGGCCAUGCCCGCCCGCAGCCUCCAGGACUGCCCGGCACCCACGCAUUGCAGCUGGGCCGCUUGCUCCAUGAGCUGCUUGGGCCCUCCAUGCCGGUGGCCACACCCUUGGCCCUGGGCCUGAGGCACCUGGCGGCCCAGCUGUUGCACUUGAGGCCCUCAGCCGCCCAGACGCGCUGCGCACUCCAGACUCUGCUCUGGGGACCCGGACCGGAACUCAACAGUCACACGGCACCACUAGGCUCCUGGCUUCGGGUCAGGCGUACCUUGUUGGUUCUGCACCUGGCUGAGCGGGCCGCGGGUGGGGAGGCCCCUGGCCUGGAAGACUGGCUGUGCUGUGAAUACCUCACCGAGGCCACUGAAGCCUCGUUGGGGCACGCCCUGGCCCUGCUGUGGCAUUAACCUCUGCGGAGAGGGACAGGACUGUUCUGGGCAUCGCCAAGA